GGUGGGGAUGUGUCAGGGAGAGGCAGGGGAAGAGGAAGUGGCUUAGGUCCUGGGGAAGACUGGCUUUUCUUGGUGGGUGGGGACAGUCAUUAUCAGCCUUCUGGACACAUAGACAGAACAGAAAGAAUGGAUUUCCUCCAGCUACAUCUCCCUGGGCUGCAUCAGGCCUUGAGGGGGGCACUGGAUUCCUUCAGUGCCUUUGUCUCCUACCUUAUGGGAGAUGAGGUCCCCACUGUAGAGAAGAGGGAGGCGGGGGCAGCUGAGGAACUGGGGGAGGUGGCUGCAGACAGGCGGGGGAGGCCUGUGGAAGAGGAAGCCCAGGAGGCCCUGGGGGACCUUGGCAGCAGCCAAAGCAAGGGGGAUGGAGGGGUGAGAAGGCCAGGAGAGGCUGGAAGAGACCAGGAGGGAAGCUCAACUACAGAACAGACCUGGGGUUGGGGAGAAGGCAGCUCCCAUGGGUCUCAAGCAGAUAGGCAGCACGCUGGAGCCUGGGAGGCAGCCAAGGCCACCAGGUGCCAGGAGCCAAGUGCUCCCUUGGAGGCCAGGAAAAAGUCCAAGACAGGGUCUGAGGCUGGUCAAGACAGGAGCAGCCAAGCCCAGGAGAGCCACGAACCUGAAGAGCAGGAAGUGAACAAAAGGGAGACACUGAGAACCUGGGAACAGGAGGAGGAGGAGGAAGAGGUCAGGGCAAGAGAGCCAGGGGUGGCUGGAGGGGCGGAGUCAGAGUGGACCUGGCACAGGGAGUGUGAGGAGAAGGCCGGUGCUGACGGGCAAAAGGUGGCAGGGGAUGCCAGGGAGACAGAGCAGGUACUCAAGGAGGCAGGUGCAGAGGAGAUCCAGGGUCCUGGGGCUAAAGGGGCUGGGAGGGAAGAAGAGGUGGUGGUAGUGGUGGGGGAUGGCCAAACUACAAGGGCGCAGGGGACACAGGAACCAGGGGAAGAAUCUGAGGAUGGGGCAGCCUCAGGCAGGGAGGAGGCUGACUUCCUAGGAGCUGGAGAGGGAGAAUAUGGGGCAGUCCUAGGAAAAAGGAUCCCAGAGGGUACUGGGAGAGUCUGGGCCCUACAGGAGGCUUACGAGGGAGACCAGGAGGAGGGAGAUGAGAAUAGAGAGGAUGAGGUGAGCCUGUUCCCCAAACAGACCCAGGCCCUGGAAACUGAGGGAGUGAAAGAAGUGGCUAAGGACCAGACAGCGGGAAGAGAGGCUGCAGAAUACCAGGAGUCAGAGGGGGAAAUUGGGAAGGGCUUUGAGAUCCAGGCAGAUCAGGGUGGGAAAGAGGCUGAGGGGAGGCAAGACUCAGAGAUCAGGGCUGCUCAAGCCGGUCUGAAGGAGAUGGUGCAGGCAGAGGAGGCCAAGGAAGAGAGACAGAGUUGCCAGGCUGCAGAGGCUGAGCUUCCCCAGGACAAAGCUGCAAAUGAGGCUGAAGGUGAUACUGACUUGGAGGCAACCCCAGAGGCCAGGCCUGAGAAGGAGUUCAUGGGGGAGAGGAGUGAGGAGGAGGCUCAGAUGGAUCGAGAAGCAUCAGGAGUGGAGUGGGGUGGCCUUGAGCACGUAGUCAGUGAAGGCCAGGAGCCUGAGCUGACAGGAGGUCCCAAGACCCCAACAGAGCAACCUGAGGAAGGACAGGCAUGUAAGGAAGAGCUCUGGAGUAUUCCAGCCCUGAGCAAAGAGGAGACAGAAGGGAGCCUGGAGGAAUAUCCUAGUAACAUGGGGUAUGUGAAGCCUGAUACCUCUGAGGCAGAAGUCUGGGAAAACCAGAGGAGGAGGAGGGAUGUGGAGAGAGGACACUCUCAGGAGGAAAAAGCAGAUGCUGAAGAGGUAGAGGUGGAGGCUGCAGAAGGCCAGGCACUGAAGGCUGAGGCUGAAGGAGGCCAAGAGUCUACACUACCAGAAGCAGAGUGUGGAGCAGAGGAGGGAGAGGCCGCUGGAGCAGAGAGCCAGGAACCGGGUGGAAGGCAUGGGACAGAAGCAGGGAGAGGCCAGCCACUGGGAGAGUCAGAUGCCAGAGAAACCAAGGAUGAGGAGCUGGAGGCUGCAGUGCCCUCGGGGGCCAACCAAACAUCCGAGACAGGCUGGAGGCUGGAGGAGGCAGCUCUGAGCCUCCAGGACAGCGAGGACAUGUGGGACAGUUCUUUGGCUGCUGAGGUUGUGAAUGAUAAGGCAGCUCUUUGUGGAAGGACUGCCAGGGCUGGGGAAGGGCCCAAAAGAGAGACUGGGGAAACAUUUGGGAGAGGCUGGGAUUCAGAAGGGGGAGAAGAAGGUGGGGGAGGUGAGGAGCUGGUGGAGGCUGCAGAGGGAGAGAACAGAGGUGAGCAGGAGUCUGGCCUGGAGGGCUCAGCAGAGGAGGAGGUGACCGGCAGAAGUGGCCAAGCAGAGGAUUUUGAGGCCAGGGAGGGUGAGCCCUGGGGAGGUCAGGCAGAGGUUGGGGAACCUACCAUGACAGAAGGAAGCUGUGGGAUGGAUGGCUUUACCUCAGGCUCCCAGGCAGCAGGAGCAGAGGGGACCAUGGACAUAGUGGAGGCCAAGGGGCUCCCAGGAGGGCAGACACUGUUGGAAAAAGAGGCUGGGGGGUGGCAAGUAAGGGAGCAGGGGCAAGGCAGAGAAGGGCAGUGUGGGGACCACCACCCUGAGGCAGAGGCACGAAGGCUCCUUGCUGUGGAGGAUGCUGAGGUGACUGGAGACCAGAGGGCAGAGGCUGAGGAGAUUGAUCCAGAAAACCUGGUGGAUGUCCAGGGCCAGAAGGGCCAGUCAACAAACCAGGACCACACAGAGGCUGAGCCUGGGCCACCUGCCAAGUCUGCAGAAAGUACUGGAGGGGAUGCCCAUGGCAGCUGGAAUGAGGCCCUGCUCCCCGGGUCGCGCCUGGAUGUCUCUGUCCCGAGGAGCCGUGUACUCCUCUCUCGUAGCUCCUCACAGCGUCGCUGCCGGCCCUCUUUCCGACGGACUCUUGCCCCUGAGCAGCAGGAGGAGCCUCCUAGCCCACCACUCAAAGAAGAGCUGUCAGCCCCUGAGCAGAGACUUCUCCAGCCAGAGGAACCUCCAGAGCCCAGCCCCCCAAGGCCUGAAGGGACCCCAGUGCCGACCAGGAGAAGGCCCCUGGGACACGGGUUUGGCCUUGCACACUUCGGCAUGAUGCAGGAACUGCAAGCCAGAAUGGGCCAGCCAAAGCCCCAGUGAAUGGGACCCGAGACCCUGGGAGCCAGCUCCUGAGUGAGGGUCAGAAGGCUCAGCUGAACCCUGCUCAGCCUGACUCCCUCUGCCACUUUGGUUUGUUUUUUGCUUUUUUUGGUGAGGAAGAUUGUCCCUAAGCUAACAUCUGUGCCAGUCUUCCUCUAUUUUGUAUGUGGGAUGCCGCCACAGCCUGGCUCGAUGAGUGGUGUGUAGGUCUAUGCCUGGGAUCCAAACCUACGAAUCCUGGGCUGCCGAAGCUGAGCACAUGAACUUCACUAUACCACCAGGCUGGCCCCCCCUGCCACUUCAGAUGCACCUCUUCCACUCUCUAGGCCUUAGUUUCUUGGUGUGUCAUUCAUGGAGCAGACAGAACCAGAUGUCUGUGAGAACUAUGAACUUAAAGAGUCUGAGUCUCCAGGGCAGCUGACGGACCACCUGCCCCACCGGGACCCCCUCUCAUGGCCCGUCCUGACUACCUCCCCAACCUGCCUCGCCUAUCUGGAGGACUGAGGUGACUGAGACAGUUCACCCUGUAGCCUUCCCUCUCUGACUGCCCCCGCGCCCGCCCACCUCCAAGCCUGCUCCCCGAGGCCUCAGAGAGCUGUGUAGGAGUAACACAAACCUCGGGGCUUGAAGCCAGCCCAGAGGAAAUGGGUCAGGAGGGCCUACAGAGCUCCAUUUGCCAUCACUUUGCUGGGAAGCAGACCAGCCACCUUGAGCUUCCAAAAUGGGAGCUCGGCCUCAGAGCUCUGCUAGUUACUGUGGCAACCACCAGCUGAGCAAGCCAGAGUUGAGGAAAGUGGGCCAGGAAUCUGCAAAAUUUAGGAGCAGAGAAGGGUCUGAGGUCCCGAGGCUGCAGACUCCAUUCCAGGCCCCCUUUGGGUGUCAGGCCACCCCUUCUCUGAAAAGAAGCCGAGGCAGAGAGAGGGUGACAGUGCUUUAUUAGGCACCCUGCAUGGCAGCCUACCCAAGGAUGACUAGCAAGCUCUGAAACAAUAAAUAAACCAUCAUUUCCCUAAACAAUAAAUAAAUAUCCAAGAAAUAAAUAUCUGGCAAGGA